AUGACGAUCUUUGAUUGUCAGAUAGCGAGUGAUUCGGAACAAUUCGCCGUGCCAGAACCGGUUCCGGAAUUUAGCCAAUGCUUCUUGGCUUGGUAUGACGCGACGACGCGAUCAGGCAAUUUCGGCACGCACUAUACGACUGUUACCUCUCCUUCCACACCGUCUGAACGUAGUAGCGACAUGGCUCGUGAUGUCCGCCGGAGCGUCCAUGGUGAAAGGCUGAAAAGAUCGUUGCGGCUCUGGGAUGCCACCAUCAAUGAGGUCAAACAGGAUCGUAAACCUCCUGUGCGGACGAGGGACCUCAACACUGCAAUCGACGAAUUUGCAGAUUGGUUUGGCCCCUGUAAUGAACGUGCCUAUACCGCUAUUUGGGCAAUCUGCUUUGCGGUCAUGCUCGAUAUCUCAUCCACUGCUUGA